CUGUCUCUAAAAGGGAAAUGGAAAAACACGGAACUUAGCAAGUCAAAGUCAACAGACGGUAUAAAAGUCCCUGGUUUGGUUAAUCUCUCGCCCUCCUCUAUUGAGUAAGGAGCUUUUCUUUUCCAUUGUGAAUCAGAGUACAUCCUUGAGAUUUUCCCUCUGAAAUUUCGAUGUAGAGUUUUAUUUUAAAAGUGGGAGAUCCUUAUUUAAGGCCGACCCAAUUGAACCUGUGUGUGUUUUCAAAAUUUGAGUGAGGACUUUUUUAGGGCAAAGGAGAAGACACAGUCUCCUUCUCUGAAGAGACGCAGUUUACUUUGGAGCCGGCGAGCUGCUUGAUUCGUUCAGGAAAGGCGCAAGAGGAGAGGGGCAAGAGGAAGCACCAAGACCACCCCCCCUACCCCUGCCAUCUCUCUCUCUCUCCCCGGUCCACAGUGAUCACCAUGAAACCCGCCGCCUUCCCUUACCUCGGGCUGUUGUGCGCCACUCUCGUCUUAUGUCAGGUCCCGCCAGGAAAAAGGAACUUUAAAUGUGGAGGAAUACGAAGUGGACAGUCAGGUUUCAUCGGAAGUGAGGGAUUCCCUCGACUUUACCCACCCAACAGUAAAUGCACUUGGAAAAUCACGGUACCAAAGGGGCGAGUGGUAGCUCUGAAUUUUCGCUUCCUCGAUCUGGAACGGGACACUCUCUGCAGAUACGAUUACAUUGAUGUCUACAAUGGACACGUCAAUGGCCAGCGCUUGGGCAGGUUUUGUGGUACUUCAAAACCUGGAGCCAUCAUUUCAACUGGCAACAAGAUGAUGGUACAGAUGGUAACUGAUGCCAACACUGCAGGAAAUGGUUUUGUUGCUAUGUACUCAGCAACUCGGCCAAACCAGAGAAAUGAUCAGUUUUGUGGUGGUCGUUUGGAAAAAUCACCUGGCUCCUUCAAAACACCCAACUGGCCAGACCAUGAUUACCCAGCCGGAGUCUCCUGCUCAUGGCACAUAGUGGCACCCAAACAUCAGAUAAUUGAGUUAAAGUUCGAGAAGUUUGAUGUUGAAAGAGAUAGCUACUGUCGAUAUGAUUAUGUUUCCAUAUUUAAUGGUGGUGAAAAUGAUGAAGCAAAACGAAUUGGGAAAUACUGCGGUGACAGUCCUCCAGCGCCAGUUCUGUCCCAGGAAAAUGAAAUUGUCGUGCAGUUUCUUUCAGAUCUUAGUGUCACCGCUGAUGGAUUUCUGGCUCAUUACAAAUUCCGGUCAAAAAAGUUUCUCAGCACAACAACUUCUCCAGUCACAGCUGCAGUGACAACCACAGUGAAACCUACCAUACCCCCAUGCCAACUGAAGUGUAAAAAAACUGGAACGCUGCGCAGUAAUUACUGUGCUAGUGACUUUGUGUUAACUGGCACAGUUAUAACUGCUAUAACACGCAACGGUAGUAUUCACACCACUAUCUCCGUUAUUAAUAUUUUCAAAGAAGGGAGAAUGGCAAUUCAGCAAGCAGGGAAAAACAUGAGCGUCAAAAUAAUUUCAGUUUGUAAAAAGUGUCCAAUUAUUAAACGAGGACUGAAUUACAUCUUCAUGGGUCACGUAGAUGAAGCAGGCAGAGGUCAAGUGUUUCCUAAUAGCUUUGUCAUGCCCUACAGAUCAAAGAACCAAAGGUUUCUGAACAACGUAAAGAACAGACGAUGCUAAACACACAGUAACAGCAAAGACUUUAUUUUCCAUUUAUGGUGCUGGUAAUCGUUACAGAUAGUUUUCUUUAAUUGAUUACAAACUGCACUUCUUAACAGAUGGCUUUCUGCUGGCAAAUAGGAACAUUGAAAUGUAAAGUUGGUGAAUUGUGUCCAAGCAAAUUGCUGACAAGAAUUUGGAUGUCUGUUACAAAUAUACCAAUCCUUGUACUAGCAAAAAUAAAGUCUGCACAGAAUGAUUAGCCCCAAAAUCAUGUUGCAUUUGGAACUGCCUCCUUAUUUAUAACAAUGCUGACAGAGAUUGAGUCAAAUGUUUAUCUUAUAUACUUAUAUAUUGUAAUAGAUUAUUAUAUAGGACUUAAGUGCAAUAUGAAGUUCAAAGAUGACUGAUGAUGUUUUAUAACUGAUUUGUUUGAAAUUGGCAUUUGUUUUUGAU